CUUCUCAAUAUUUGUGAUUUAUAUGCUAUAAUAAUUCACUAUUGAUUUCAUAUGCUAAUGGGAAGAAAUAUGAAGGAAAAAUCAGUAGAGAAGUUUUUCAUUUUGCCAUUCUUUGUAGGGUGUAGUUCUGAGUCAAGUGUUAGAGUGACCAACCAACUUGUGGAAACAAAGAAUUCAACGCAAAUAACAAAAAGACAAGAAGGAGAAGAGAGCUCAUCAAAUGUAAAAAUGAAGAGCUUUUGGGGAUUUUGGGCCAUGACAAGACCAAGAUUUUCACAAAAUGUGCAAAGAUUGAAAAGGCAUUUCAAAGGUUUCUCACAAUUAUUUGCACGAAGAGAAGAGGUAGAGGAAGAGGAAACGGAGAUAGAAAUAGGAUAUCCAACAGAUGUGAAACAUUUAACACACAUAGGAUGGGAUGGAUCAACAACAAUUAAUCCAAUUAAAGGAUGGGAAAAUUUAAAACCUCCUGAAAUUAUUUCUUUUCCAUCAAUUUCUAUUAAACAAUUUGAACUUGCUAUGGCUGCUCAAGCUGGUGAACCUAUAGACGUUAUUAAUACCAAUAAUUGUGCUUGAUUUUUUGAAAAAUAUUAUUUGUAAUUUUCUCUUGCUUCUUGUCUACUAAACUCUAAAUCAAUUUAUAUCUUUUUCUA